AUGGCUGAGCCUGGCUGUGAGACCUCCUCUGAGGAAAGCCUGAGCAUGGAGGAGCCCAAGGCAGUGGACCCGAAGAGCCUGAAGCAGGAGCAGCCGAGGUGCCAAUACUGCCGCUGCCCCAACAGUUUCACCACCUACUUCCCCAGGGUUCUGAAGCAGGUUCACGAGGGCCUGAGCCUCUCGCAGAAGACCGUGAGCACCUUGGAUUCGUUCGUCAAGGACAUCUUCGAGCACAUCGCGGAUGAAGCCUCUCGCCUGGCCCGCUCCACCAAGCGCUCCACCAUCACCUCCAGGGAGAUCCAGACAGCCGUGCGCCUGCUGCUGCCAGGAGAGAUUGGCAAGUUCGCCAUGUCCGAAGCCAGCAAGGCCAUCAUCAGGUACACUUUCCGCCAAUGA